ACCACGCUGAAAUGACACCAGAAACCAGCGAAGCCGAGCGGCGGCAGCAGCAGCGAUGGCGAUGUUUACGGGCUUCCUCCUCCUCCUCUUCUCGCUUGUAGCGACGGCGUCCGCGGCGACGGCGGCGUUUAACUUGACGACUUUGCCCUUCGACGACGGCUUCUCCCACCUCUUCGGCAACGACAAUCUCGUCCGCUCCGGCGACGGCCGUGGCGCCCGCCUCACCCUCAAUCGUUACUCCGGAUCGGGAUUCAUUUCGAGUGAUCUUUACCAUCACGGGUUCUUCAGCGCUUCCAUCAGAUUGCCCUCCGAUUACACCGCCGGCGUCGUUGUCGCCUUCUAUACUUCCAACGGCGACGUGUUCGAAAAGACGCACGACGAGCUCGACUUCGAGUUCCUAGGCAACAUCCGCGGCCGCGAUUGGAGGAUACAGACCAACGUUUACGGCAACGGAAGCACCAGCCGCGGCCGCGAGGAGCGCUACGUCCUCCCGUUUGAUCCCACCGCCGAGGCUCACCAGUACUCCAUCCUCUGGACCGCCGACCGCAUCAUGUUCUACAUCGACGACGUGCCCAUCCGCGAGGUGGUGCGGAGCGGCGCCAUGGGCGGCGACUACCCGUCGAAGCCGAUGUCGGUCUACGCCACCAUCUGGGACGGCUCCACGUGGGCGACGGCCAACGGCAAGUACAAGGUGAACUACAAGUACGCCCCCUUCGCCGCCGACCUCUCUGACUUCGUCCUCCGCGGCUGCCGAGUCGACCCCAUCCAACUCGUCGACUCUGCCCGCCGCUGCGCGGACGCGCAGGACGAACUCCGCGCUUCCCCCAUCGCCGUCAUGACCCCCCGCAAGCGCGACGCCAUGCGGCGCUUCCGGAAACGCUACAUGACAUACUCCUUCUGCUACGACACCAAGCGCUACCCCGUCCCCUUCCCCGACUGCGACAUCGUCCCCUCGGAGCAGACCCGAUUCCUCGACUCCGGCAACUCCAAAUUCCGCCACGACCUCCGGAGGUCCCGCCGCCAGAGCCGGAAGCCCACGCCCGACGGCGAGAUUAGCAAUUAAUGCCUCAAUUCAAUUGUGAAUUAGCGCAUAUUCUUUUUGUUGUUACAUAGUAAUUUUUUUUUUUAUUUUGUUACAUAGUAUUUAAAAAUACCUAUUGGAUUCCUUGAUUCUUCAAUUUUUUCUUGCUUGGCGGUCCUCUAAAUUAAUUUAUGUAAAGGAGACGGUGGGUGGCUGUUAGGAUGGUGAAGAACUUGUCGGACAAUAAAUUGAUGAUUAAAGAUUGGUGGAUAGUUGUUGACA